ACUGUUCAUGGAACGAACGUGUCGGAUGUUGCGGCUGGCCUCCCCUAAAGGUAUUGACUUGAUUUUCACCCCAAGAAGGCGCGCGGGCUUCAUCUCCCGUUUCUCAGUUUGUCUCCGUUUCCUUUUGGACAAACGUAAUACAGGCGAAGUGGUCUGAAGUUAAUAUUUAAAAGCAAACUGAUUAACACAAGACCGAGGAUGGCGUCUAUUGGAGACUUCGAUCCGCUUCACUCCAGCGUACCUGCAACUAAGAUUGAAGUUACAGUUUCCUGCAGGAACCUGCUGGACAUGGACACCUUUUCAAAGUCUGAUCCAGUUGUGGUGCUCUAUGUUCAGGCCAUCGGGACAAAGGAGUGGAGGGAGUUUGGCAGAACGGAAGUGAUUGACAACACGCUGAACCCGGAUUUCGUCAGGAAGUUUGUCCUGGAUUUCUUCUUUGAAGAGAAACAGAACUUACGGUUCGACGUGUACAAUGUGGACUCCAGAAGUUGCAAUAUUUCAAAACAUGACUUUCUGGGACAGACGUUCUGCACCCUGGGGGAGAUCAUCGGAUCCACAGGCAGCAGGCUGGAAAGGACCCUCUCUGGGAUUCCAGGAAAGAAAUGUGGGACCAUUAUAUUUACAGCUGAGGAGCUCAGCAAUUGCCGGGACAUUGCUACCAUGCAGCUUUGUGCCAACAAACUGGACAAGAAGGACUUCUUUGGAAAGUCUGACCCCUUCCUGGUGUUCUACCGCAGCAAUGAGGAUGGAACCUUCACUAUCUGCCACAAGACAGAGGUGAUGAAAAACACUCUGAACCCGGUGUGGCAGCCCUUCACCAUCCCGGUGCGAGCUCUGUGUAACGGUGACUAUGACAGAACGGUGAAGGUGGACGUGUAUGACUGGGACAGAGAUGGAAGCCAUGAUUUCAUCGGCGAGUUCACCACCAGCUACAGAGAGCUGUCUCGGGGCCAGAGCCAGUUCAAUGUGUACGAGGUUUUAAACCCUAAAAAGAAAGGCAAAAAGAAAAAAUAUGUAAAUUCCGGAACGGUGACACUGCUGUCCUUCAAAGUGGAGUCUGAAUACACGUUUGUGGAUUUCAUCCGGGGAGGGACUCAACUGAACUUCACUGUUGCCAUAGACUUCACUGCAUCUAAUGGAAACCCGUCUCAGCCCACCUCCCUGCACUACAUGAACCCAUACCAGAUGAAUGCCUACGCCAUGGCCCUCAAGGCUGUGGGCGAGAUCACCCAGGACUAUGACAGCGACAAGCUAUUCCCCGCCUACGGCUUCGGAGCCAAACUCCCCCCAGACGGCAAGAUCUCGCACGCCUUCCCCCUGAAUUCAGACUCUGAAAAUCCCAACUGUGUAGGGAUCGAAGGGGUUUUGGAAGCAUACUUCCAGAGCCUGAGGAACGUGCAGCUGUAUGGGCCGACCAACUUCGCCCCUGUCAUCAGCCAGGUGGCCCGGUCAGCGGCGGACAUAAUGGAUGGAUCGCAGUACUUCGUCCUGCUCAUGAUCACAGACGGAGUGAUCUCCGACAUGGUGCAGACCAAGGAGGCUGUAGUCAAUGCCUCCUCCCUUCCAAUGUCAAUCAUCAUUGUAGGGGUGGGACCCGCUGAGUUUGACGCCAUGGAGGAGCUGGACGGAGACGAGGUCAGGGUGUCUUCUAGGGGGCGCUUUGCUGAGAGAGACAUCGUGCAGUUCGUACCGUUCCGGGACUACAUCGACCGGUCGGGGAACCAGGUCCUGAGCAUGGCCCGGUUGGCCAAAGACGUGCUGGCUGAGAUCCCGGAGCAGCUGCUGUCUUUCAUGAAGUCACGGGGCAUCGAGCCACGCCCAGCCCUGCAGGCCUCCGCCAACCCCCCAGGACACAUGCACAUCUGAGGGGGAGAGGGAGGUGAGGAGAAGGGACUGCUACAAUACUGCCAUAUUUACACUCACCGCCCCCCAGUCCACAUGCACGCGCGCACACACGCACACACACACACACACACACACACAGAAUCCCCUCAGCCUGACAGGAAAGUUAGCACCAAACCUUGUGUCAUUACCACAAAAAAAACAAACCAAACCACAAGGCUGGAAUCCGCCUCUUCAUUCGCCGAAGAACUUUCACCUCCUGUCCACUCCAGGAAAUCAGAAAUCACUCACAAAUAACAUUGCAGAAUGAUAGUUAUGUGCUGAAAGAAGACUUGGUUAAGGGUUACC